AUGGCAAAGCCUAGGCGCGGGGCUGCUUCUGGCGGACAGCCCCAGACGAAGGUUGCCAAGAAAGCAUCGGAGGAGAAGCCCCAGCGCCCUGCGAACAAGUGGAUGAAUUGCGGCGUCUGCGCGUACGUGAGGGGCAAGUACUACCCACGCGGGACCUCCCAGAAGGACUUGGGUGACAAGAUCAACAGCUCAGAAGAGGAGGCCUCGCGUCACGCUCGCCUGAGGAAAGACAGGGCGAGUGGCGAGAACAAGUGCCAGGAGACGGAGGCAGUCAACGUGAAGCACACCAGCCAGGUCGAAACAAAGGGCUACACCGAUGCUUUCGUUGAUGGCUACUUCGUCGAGCUGAACACCUUUGCGAAGGAUCGCAACCUGCUGAACUUCGCCGAUCAGGAUGAGCUGGUGCACUAUAUCAAGCAUGCCAUGGGGUACAACUGUGGUGAAGGUAAAACGGGGGAGUUCGGGGUAUUCGUCACCGAGCUCCCGAGAGUCGGUCCAUUCGUCUUUACAGAGUUUGUGUUCGGAGCGCUCCGCUACGCCAGUCAUUCCGAAAGCCACGAAGCGCGCCAGAUGAAGACGCUCUGGUCGAAGAAGUACAGGCCGAGGGACUUCGAGAACUUGCUGACCCGUCUGGCAGCCAAAGCUUCGAAAGUGGCCUCAGUGAUGGGUGAGACCGAGUCCGCUGAGAUAUCGGAGCAGCUGUACAUGAGCAGCGUGCAGCUUGAGGACGAGCGCAUGUGCCUGGACGCCUUGAGGAAUGAGCCCCAUACCAUUGUCCGCAAGGUUCCCAAGCGUCUCUAUUAUAUCUUCAAAAAACUGCCCGACAACAUCACAGCAAACAUCAUGUCGACCACGUCGUACAAGCUCGCAUCCUAUCCAGCUCCUGAGGUCCAGGCCACGGCACUGGAUGUCGCCAAGUUCGAUUCGCGAGAGGGGGUCCUGUCUGUGGCCAUGCUCGGGAACAGCUCUACCGAGUUCGUGGCGAGCUGCCAGCGGAACAUGGUCCAGGCCUUCAUCGACAGGGUCGUCAGGAAGAACUCCCAGACCGACUUCACCUCGGUCGUGAAGCACUGCGGCGACACCACCGGGACGUGUUCCGACUUGGCGGCGUUGGACACCACGAGCGAGACGAUAGACGAGACGAUUGGUUGGAAUCCGUCUUGCUUUGUCGACUUGAUCGCCCUUCGGUUCUUCGGCGCGGCCGCAGAGAUCGACGCGCGUGAGAGGCUCCCGAGGGAGCUUCGCGUCGUUGGGGAUCAGUUGUACACCCACAGAGAGAAGUUGUCCAACCGUCUCCGUUGCCACAUCCGCGUGGGCACAGGCACCGCGAACUGGGCCAAGACGGGCUGGGAUCGGAUCUCGGUUGGCGACGGGGGCCCUGAUCUUUGCUGUCUGGCCGCAGAUGUCCUCGACAAGGAGGAUGAAUGGACUGACGGGCUCUGGGGGGUACUUGGGACGGCUGCUGCGGAUGAUCAGUUUCGCGACAUGUUGGAUAAGUUCCCUAAGUACAUAGAUAGCAUCGACGACACCGACGGCUCGAUUACUGACGACACCAAGAACGCUAUCUCGGUGAAGGACAUGCUCGUGAAGGCAGUGUGUACCGCGGCCGACGUCGUAGGCUCUCACUUCGAUUACUUCUCAGCUGACUUCCGCGCCAUCUACCACGAGGGGUACGGGGGGGACGACGACGUGGAUCCGAUCAAAGUGCUGUACUUCGUAGCCCACGCCGUCUUGAAUUUCGAGAUCGGUCUAGCGGAGAGAUCCACCAUCAAAGAGACCUUGACCCGCUGCGAGAUUGCCUUGAAAGUGAACCAGAUCAAAAGCCGCACAGACAACAAUCCAGAGAAGACGACCCUUGCGUUGAGUGACGUUUGGCAGACGGAGUCCGCCAUGAAGGUGGCGCCCCAACUCGCGAAAGCCAGCGUCGCGAUGCCCUUCCAGAAGUUCAACGGCAAGGUAUCUUCGUUUACUGUCGGCCAUCCGAUCAUUCAGGGCUGCAGCUUGGCGACUCCCCAGUACAUGCAGACGGUCUUGGAUAUUUGCGGUGCUCCCCCUCCAGAGAUCAAGCCGCUGAUCUCAUCUGCGCAGCACUACCACUUGAUGAAGAAGACGGUCGAUACGGUGGUAAGUGGGAACGUCGUGGGAUGCAUCCAGCUGGCGGCGGCGCUGAAGGCUCACGGGAGCAUGCAGGAACCAGUGCUCAGCAAGCCCGAGGUGAAGGAGUGGGCGACGCGUCUCAUUGAGACGCGGGGCACGUUGUUUGAGUCUACGGUGGCUGCCUUCGAGACCUCCGAGGUGCAGAAGUUCAUGGACAAGUACGGCGCGAAGGGCGAGACCAUCUUGGAGCUCAUCAAGUGCUGGUCGUUCGACUCAAGUGGCGGAUGGCUUGGUGCCUCGACCAGGGAUGCCAGCCGCGAGCGCGACAUGCAGAUCGCGCAGGACUUCGUGCUCUCCUUCAGCUCGGUGGAGCGCGCGGUUCGGGAGCUUGCGUCUUCGAGGGCAUCGCUGACCUGGUUGUCCGACAACCAGCGCUUGAAGCUGGACCAAUGCGCAGAGGAGCUGAAGGACGUGAAGGUGCUCCACCAGAAGUGUGGCAUCAUGCUUGGGAGCAUCAUCCUGACGAACUCGACGCUCACUGGGAUUGGCAAGGAUGCGAGUCGGCGCUACGUGUUCGACAAAUUGCAGGUGCGGCAGCAGGAUCUGCCGCGCAAGCUCGUGGAGAUGAUGGCCUCGCCGAAGGCCGAGGUCCCUGAGCACCCCGCGGCGGCGUCUGCCUCCGCCUCUGGGCUGCCGGCCGCCCUUGAGCCUGCGGCGGCCCCUGCAACCGAGGAGGCCGCCGAGGCGCCAGCUGCCAAAGCGCCGAAGCUAAAGGCGCCUCGCAAGGCCAAGGCAGCUGCAGCAGCUGCGAAGGAGGAUUAG